CCUCCUCCUCCUCCUCCUCCUCCUCCUCCCUUUCUCUCUCGAUCUGUCUCUCCCGGCCGGGAAUCCAUUCCGGCCUGGGAGCCGGAGCGGCCUGGCCGCCGUGUGCCCGAACCCUUGGCCGUCCGGCGGUCCUUCCUCCCGUGCGUCUGUCUGCCGGUGCGUCCGCCUGCCCGCUGGCCCAGAACAGAGGCUCAGAGGUAAAGUGACUUGUUCAGCUAUGAGAGAGAGCAUCAGGAUCUGAACCAGAUGAGGACGCUGAGGCCCAGAGAGGGGAAGUGACUUGCCCAGGGUCACCCAGCAGGGAGAGGUGGAGCAGGUCCUCUAGUGCAAGACCCUUGACUCCAUACCUGGUGUUUGUGCUGAGACCUCGGGCUGCUUCCCAGGUCCUCUGGGAGAGCCCCUGCCUUCCACCAGCAGGACCAUGGGCAGCAACAAGAGUAAGCCCAAGGACGCCAGCCAGCGGCGCCGCAGCCUGGAGCCUGCCGAGAACACCCACUGCGGCGGCGGCGGCGGCGGCGGUGGCGGUGGGGGUGCAUUUCCCACCUCACAGACCCCCAGCAAGCCAGCCUCCGCGGAUGGUCAUCGAGGCCCCAGCACGGCCUUCGCCCCUGCAGCCGCCGAGCCCAAGCUGUUUGGUGGCUUCAACUCCUCGGACACUGUCACCUCCCCGCAGAGGGCGGGGCCCCUGGCUGGCGGGGUGACCACCUUUGUAGCCCUCUAUGACUAUGAGUCACGGACAGAGACUGACCUGUCUUUCAAGAAAGGGGAACGGCUCCAGAUUGUCAACAACACAGAGGGAGACUGGUGGCUGGCCCACUCACUCAGCACAGGACAGACGGGCUACAUCCCCAGCAACUAUGUGGCACCUUCCGACUCCAUCCAGGCUGAGGAGUGGUACUUUGGCAAGAUCACCAGACGCGAGUCAGAAAGGUUACUGCUCAAUGCGGAGAACCCAAGAGGGACCUUCUUAGUGCGAGAAAGCGAGACCACGAAAGGCGCCUACUGCCUCUCCGUGUCCGACUUCGACAACGCCAAGGGCCUCAAUGUGAAGCACUACAAGAUCCGCAAGCUGGACAGCGGCGGCUUCUACAUCACCUCACGCACCCAGUUCAACAGCCUGCAGCAGCUGGUGGCCUACUACUCCAAACACGCAGAUGGCCUGUGCCACCGCCUCACCACCGUGUGCCCCACGUCCAAGCCGCAGACUCAGGGCCUGGCCAAGGAUGCCUGGGAGAUCCCCCGGGAGUCGCUGAGGCUGGAGGUCAAGCUGGGCCAGGGCUGCUUUGGAGAGGUGUGGAUGGGGACCUGGAAUGGCACCACUAGGGUAGCCAUCAAAACCCUGAAGCCUGGCACGAUGUCUCCGGAGGCCUUCCUGCAGGAGGCCCAGGUCAUGAAGAAACUGAGGCAUGAGAAGCUGGUGCAGCUGUACGCGGUGGUGUCGGAGGAGCCCAUCUACAUCGUCACGGAAUACAUGAGCAAGGGGAGUUUGCUGGACUUUCUCAAGGGUGAGACGGGCAAGUACCUGCGACUGCCUCAGCUGGUGGACAUGGCUGCUCAGAUCGCCUCGGGCAUGGCCUACGUGGAGCGGAUGAACUAUGUCCACCGAGACCUCCGUGCUGCCAACAUCCUGGUUGGAGAGAACCUCGCGUGCAAAGUGGCCGACUUCGGGCUGGCUCGGCUCAUCGAAGACAAUGAGUACACGGCUCGGCAAGGUGCCAAAUUCCCCAUCAAGUGGACGGCUCCAGAAGCCGCCCUCUAUGGCCGGUUCACCAUCAAGUCCGACGUGUGGUCCUUUGGGAUCCUGCUGACGGAGCUCACAACCAAGGGACGGGUGCCCUACCCUGGGAUGGUGAACCGCGAGGUGCUGGACCAGGUGGAGCGGGGCUACCGGAUGCCCUGUCCGCCUGAGUGUCCCGAGUCUCUGCAUGACCUCAUGUGCCAGUGCUGGCGGAAGGACCCGGAGGAACGGCCCACCUUCGAGUACCUGCAGGCCUUCCUGGAGGACUACUUCACGUCCACCGAGCCCCAGUACCAGCCCGGAGAGAACCUAUAGGGUACAGGCUACAGGGCCAGACUGCCUUCUCAGCUUGGAUCCUGGGUUGGGUGGCCCCUGACAUGGGGUCUCGCCUCCCUCUGCCUGCCCGCCAUUGAUCCUCUCUGAGGGGCCAAGGACAAGGCCCCUCCGUCUUUUGUGGCAUGGAAGGGCUUGGGGCCCCAGGCAGCCCUGGGGGCGGGGUCUGAGGCUGGCGCAGUGACUGUGUCCGGGCCUCCGCCCAGCCACCCGCCUUCUCCCUGCACGCCCUCCCGGAGCUCUGCGCAUCUCAGCAGGAGGAACUGGGAAGAAGGGCUGGGGCUGAGGGCGCCCUUUUCUUAGCCUCGCCCUAAUCCACACACUGGCUCCUUCCCACUUCCACGCCUCUCCCAGGUCUGUCUGCAGAGCUGGCCCAAGAGCCUUUCCAAAGAGGAGUGAUGGGCCCCUGGCCCUUGGCCUACCUGCCACCCUACUUGCCGUCCAUUUCUGAAAGACCCGUUGGUGGAGGCCACUGGGUCCAGACCCCUGUGCUGUGGCUCCCAGGCUGGGCGGCCCAAGGCCUAGCUGGACGUGAUGAUGGUGGGUGGGGUGGACCCCCCCAACCCUGCCCUCCUUAGACAUGAGGGAUCCUCAGAGAUCAUCAACUCCUUGUCCCUGUAUUACCCCUGGAGAAACUGAGUCCAGAGAGGGGAUGUGACUUGUCCAAGGCUGCAGAGCAGUUCACGGUUGAGGUGGGAUUGGAACCCGGUGCUCCCUCUGUCUUCCUCAGGAACCAGCGAGAUUGUCCUUGGAGGCAUCAUGGACAGACUGGGGCAGCCCAGGAGACAAGGGGCCUGAGGAUGGGUUAGAGAGAGCAGAGAGAUUCGUGGUGCCACUGCUUGCUCAGUGGGGCUGUUGUGGGGGUGGGGAGUGGAGGUGGAUAGAGGGCUGAGCUAGAAAUGAAGGGCGAUGGCUCAAAGAUAAGGAGGCAGAUUUCAAUCAGAAUGUGGGUGGUUUUUUACCUUCAGAGCUAGCCAACCAUGAAAGGGAGUGAGCUCACAGGCUCUGGAGGCAAUCAAGCAGAAGAUCCAAGUGGUUGGGAGGCCUUGGCCUCAGGAAGGAACCCCGGGUCCUCCUUCCCCCAAUUCGUCCUGUGUCAUUUCAAUGACUGGCCCCUUCUCUUCUCCCCAAGUUGGCACCCCUUAACUCAUACAUAGGGAAAGGAGUGCCUGUGCUGGGAUGAGAGAGGACUGGGGUGUCUAUUAAUGUGCACCAGGUCUGGCCCUGUGCCCUUGGGCAGCCCCUGCUUCCUCUCUGGAUUGCAGUGUCUGUCUCCAUAUGUGGUCAUGGCAUUGCCACUGCUCUGCAACUGCUCCACUCCUGUCCAGAUCCUGUGGCCUGGCGCCACGUGGUGAGCCCAGGCUGUGGUAUGAAGAGUUGGUGUUUUGGCCCUAGUUCUGCCGUGCAGCCUUGGGAAUAUCUGGUGGCUUCUCCCCGGGCCUCAGUGUGCCCUUCCUAAAAGGGGCAGCUGACAAUUUGUAGGCAUUGUGCCAAGGGCCCUUGUGUGCGUGUACGUGUGUGUGUGUGUGUGUGUGUGCAUGUGUGUUGCUCCAUGUGUGUGUCCAUAUUUAACAUGUAAAAAUGCCCCCUGCUCUGUUCCCCAGACAUGUUGUACAUUUCACCCGCAGCCCCCACCGCCCCCAUCAUAGCAAUAACACUCCCGCUGCCAGGGGUUCUCGAGCCAGCCAGGCCCUGCCAGUGGGGAAGGAGGCCAAGCGGUGCCUGCCUAUGAAAUUUCAACUUUUUCUUUCAUACAUGUUUAUUACCCGAGUCUUCUCCUGUCCGCCCUGGUCAAAUCUGGGCUCACAUACCCCGGCGUGAUCUCAAAUCCUGUUCCGACUGCCCAGCGCCCUUUGUAUAAGGUGUCCUAAUACGGUCCCUUUUUUUAAAAAACAGUGUUUUGUAGAUUUCAGAUGACUAUGCAGAGGCCUAGGGGACCCCCCAGCUCUGGGCAAGGCCUGGGGGAGUCCCACAUUCCACAGCCCAGGCCUGGGGGGGGAGGGGGGUUUGGAAUUGGUUGUAAAUACUUUGCAUAUUGUCUGAUUAAACACGAACAGACCUCAGAA